AUGAAAAAUAGGAAAUUUUUUAUUUUUUUAAUUUUAAUAAUUUUAAUCAAUACCAUAAUAGUUUCGUGUAAUAAUAACAAUAGUAACAAUAAAAAUAAUAAUAGUAAUGAUAGUAGCAAUAAUGAUGAUAGCAGUUAUAUAGAUAAUAAUAUUUGGAACAAUAAUAAAAAUUUGCCAUGGGGCAAAGAUAAACCAAAACCACCAGGACCUAAUGGUGAUAAGCCCAAACCAAGACCACCAAGACCAACCAAAACACCAUAUAAUGGAGCAGAGGAAAGUUGCGAUGAUAAUACUGGGGAUUUACCGGAUGAUAAUAAUAAUAAUAAUAAUAAUAAUAAUAAUAAUAGUAGCAGGGAUCUAUUUUCAAAAGAAACCAAUGAAAUAAUGAAAAAAAUUGGAUCAGAUAGAAUAUCAGCAUUUAUACAUAGUGGUUGGGAAAGAUAUAGAAAUCAAACUUCAGCAAUAAAAAAUUCGUUAUUAAAUAGCCCUCAGUAUAACCAACUUCUAAAUGAAUAUAACGAAAGAUUUAGAUAUAAUAGUACAUCAGAUUUAGAUAAUAAUAAAAAUAAUAGUAGUUUUCAAUCUUUUGCAUUAAAAGAUAAAUUUAAACAGUUUUAUUUAUUAACAAAUAUUCAAAAUAUUAAUAAUUUACAAUCAAACAAUUAUUUAUAUACAUUUAAUAAACUAGAAGUUGAUAAUGCAAUCAAUAUCAAUAUUAAUAAUAAUAAUAAUAAUAAUAAUAAUAAUAAUAAUAAAAAUAAAAAUAAAAAUAGAAAUAGAAAUAAUAAAAAUUAUUUUUCAAAAUUUUUAAUAACAAAUAACACAAAUAAUAACUUUGUUUUUUCAAAUAAUACUUUAGUUAAUAUAACUCUAAAUAAUUAUGUUUUAAGUAAUAGUACAAUAAAUAAUAGUUUUGUAAAUAAUAGUAGACUUUUAAAUGAAUGUAAAUUAAAUAAUAGCACAAUAAUAAAUUCAAAUAUAUCAAAUAGUUUUAUAGAGAAUAGCGUUGCGAUCAAUUGUACAUUUAUAAAUACAACAAUUAUAAACAGUAAAGUUAAUGGUUCAAUAAUUUCAUACAAUUCAAAAAUAAUAAGGACUAUAGCAUCAAAUAAUUCUACUUUUAUAAAUUCAAAUAUAGAUUCAAGUAAAGUUGAUUCAAGUACAGUCAAUUUCACAAUUUCAUAUAAUAGCGAAUUUAACAACACUCUAACUAAUUCAAGUCGGUUCGAUUUCAGUAAAGUUAAUUUAACAAAUUCUUUUGAUAGUAUAUUUAAUAAUUGCACCUUAUAUUCCAGUAAUUUUACUUUUUCAUCUAUUUAUUAUUCAACUUUAACAGAUUGCAAUACUUUAAAUUCAACCUUAUAUAAUUCAGUGAUUAAUAACAGUAGUAAUAGUAAUAAUAAUAAUAGUAGCGAGAAUAAUAAUGGUGGGAACGAUUUAGAUGGUGAAAUUGAGGAUAUUUAUAAUCUUUUGUUUGGUGAUAGCACAAGCGAUUGUUAUAGUUCAAAAGUUAUAAGUAAUUUUAAUAAAGUAUUAAACUAUGCCACAAAUGAAGAUUUCAGUUUUGAGGGUAUUAAAGAAUUCUCUAAAGAUAAUAAAGAUUUUACACCACCUCCACCAAAACAAUCAAAACCUGGAGCCUUUCCCCCAACAAAAAAAUUUUCAACCUCAUCACAUUCAACUGGUUCAUCAAAUACAACUGCAGAUGGAAAACCCACUACUGGCUCAAAUAAUUCAACAACUAAUUCAACAACUAAUUCAACAACUAAUUCAACAACUAAUUCAACAACUACCGGAGGUCAUUCUUCUAAUAUAACAUCAACAUCAACAUCGACAUCAACAACAUUAACAUCGACAUCAAAUACUGAUGGUUCUAACUCAACAAAUACAAAUAUUGAUGGUUCUAAUUCAACAAUAUCAAAUAAUUCAACGGGUUAUGCUCCAGCACCAGAUAAUUCUACCUCAGGUUCAUCAGGUACAUCGGGUACAUCAGGCAUAUUUACAAGUGGUGCUGCCAAUCCAACACCUCCACCUGAAGCUGAUUCAUCAUCUGCACAUACAAUAGUUUAUCCAUGGAAUAAGUUAUCAGUUAAAUUAGAUUUCAGUUAUUUAAAUCGUACUGGUUUUGCAUGCCAUCAUCGUAAUCAAACUAUUCCAAUCGGUAAUCCAAGAAAUAACACUGCUUUUUGUUCAAAAGCCAAUAGUCUAGAUUGUUGGUACCUUUGCAGAGAUAGCGAUGUUAUGACCGAUGAUUUAAUUGAUUAUUUGACCAAUUAUAUUGUUCCAGAUAUGAUAUCAAUAUUCGAAUCAAUCCUUAAAGUUCAAUCACCAACCCCAUUUUUGCUUAGUCGAUCCGUAGCAGAGUCCACUAAAUUUGUUUGUUAUAAUAAUGUUAGAAUUCCAUAUAAACUAGUUAAAGAUGGUAUUACAGGUUACAAUUUUUAUUUAUUUAUUACAGCAACACCAAUUCCUAAAAGAACUGCAGUUGCUUAUGGUUUACCAUGUAAUUUCGAACAGUAUUCUAGAGAUGUUUUUGGGCGUCCUUUAGCUGGUAUCAUAAAUUUCCAACCAUCAUCAUACAGACAACAUCAAUUAAUCUCGCAAGGUAAUUCUGGUUUUUCAAAAGAAUUCUAUCACAAGGCUGUCAAAUAUGCAAUGCACGAAAUGAUUCAUGUUUUGGGUUUUACUCCUUUCUACUUUAAUAGUUAUAGGGACAUCGAUGGCAAAAGAUACAAUAAUCCUGUUAUUUCAAGAGCAUUGUCCGGUAAAAAUCCAAGUGGUGUCUCAGUCUCUAAAGAUAUAAGAGCUUUAAAUACUCCAAGAUUAAACUAUGUGGUCAAUAGAUACUUUGGUUGUAAACAAAAUGGAAUUGGUCUUGAGCUAGAGGAAAGCUCUACAUCUGAUGCCCACUUUUCAUCUCGUAUUGCUUUUGGUGAGUUAAUGACUGCUUCAACUAAUCCUUCAAUGUCUCUUUCCGUAAUUACAUUGGCCUUGCUUCAAGAUAUGGGUUUCUAUCGUGUAAAUACUAGUAUUCCACAAGAGCUUUAUUGGGGUAAAAAUCAAUCUUGUUCAUUUUUAAAGGAUAGAUGCGAAAAUAGAGAUAAAUUCUUUGGUCAUCAUUGCUCUUUUGCGGCUAAUUCUUCAAAUCCAACAAUGGGUUGUUCUAUGGAUCGUCGUAGUGUAAAUUUAUGUAAUAUCAAAUUCUAUAAUGAAACCUUAGAUCCAUACUUUCAACACUUUAAAAAUUCAACUUUUGGUGGUUAUAAAUCUUUAGAGUAUUGCACAGCUUUUAUUUCAAAAAAUCCCAAAAUUCAAUGUUCAGAUAUUUUAGUUUCUAACUCUACAGAUUCAAGAUGCUUUGAUAUUACUUCAAAUAAAGGUGGAUCACAUUCAGAAUGUUUAUUAAAAAGAUGUAUUAAUGAAACAUUACAAAUUCAAUAUAAAAAUGUUUUUUAUACUUGCCCACACCAAGGAGGUAUAAUUAAUGUUGCGAAUGCUUCAAUUAAUUGCCCUGAAUAUGAUUUCUUUUGUUCUCAAUUAAUAUUACCAGCAUUAGAGCAACAAGGUGGUGGUGAUAGCUCAUAUCCUCCUAUCGGAGAUCCAUUUUAUGCAAGACAUGUAUUUUGGGUACCAAUGGUUUUGGCAAUAGCAUUAACAUUUGCAUUAAUUGGACUUUUUAUCUUUUACAAAAAGAAAUUCCCACCAAUCACAAAAAAAACAAGAUAUAGAUUAAAAUCAAAAAUUAGUGAUAACGAAUUACAAAUGAAAAGUUUUAGUGUCUCCACUCUUUGUAAAGAGUGUUUUCAGCUCUACCAUGGGGAGGUUAGUAUAUUAGAGCUGAAUGGUUAG